CCUUUGUAAUUUUCAGUAUUGUACUCUCUCUCUCUCUCUUAUCUCUCUCCAUAAAAUCCUAGUCUUAGUCCUUCCUCUUCAGUUCCCACCCUUCCUUCCUCUGUACUCUCUUAGCUAGGGUUUCUAGUAGUUCCCACACUUAACAACAAUGCAGCUCAUCGAUAUCCUUGUCCUCCUCCUCGCAGCUCUCCUCAGUUGCCUAUGGUGGAGAUACUGGUCCAUCACCGGCCGCGGUCCAAAGAAUCUCCCACCCGGUCCACCAGGUUGGCCGGUGGUCGGAAAUCUGAUCCAAGUCAUCCUCCAACGUCGUCCAUUCAUGUACGUUGUCCGAGAUCUACGUUCCAAGUAUGGCCCAAUCUUUACAAUGCAGAUGGGUCAGCGUACCUUGAUCAUCAUCACCAGUGCAGAGCUCAUCCAUGAAGCACUCAUCCAGAAAGGUCCAAUCUUCGCAAGCCGCCCAGCUGACUCGCCCACUCGACUCGUCUUUAGCGUUGGUAAGUGCGCGAUCAACUCGGCCGAGUACGGUCCUCUCUGGAGAACUCUUCGCCGGAACUUUGUCACUGAGGUGACAAACCCAAUGAGGAUCCGCCAGUGCAGUUGGAUACGCCAAUGGGCCUUCGACAACCACCUCAAGAGGCUGCGUAAAGAGGCCUCCGAUAAGGGCUCGGUAGAGGUGAUGAGUAACUGUAGGUUCACUAUCUGUAGCAUCCUCAUUUGCAUAUGUUUCGGAGCUAAGAUCACCGAGUCCCGAGUCAAGGAGAUAGAGGCCGUUUUAAAGGACGUAAUGUUGAUGACAUUGCCGAAGUUGCCGGAUUUUAUGCCGGUGCUGUUGCCUCUUUUCCGACGGCAGCUGAAGGAAGCAAAGAAACUGAGGAGGAAGCAGUUGGAGUGUCUGGUCCCUCUAGUAAGGAGCCGAAGGGCAUUUGUGGAGAGGGGUGGCAAGUCAUCAUUCGGGUCGGACUCGGAUCAAAUCGAGAUGGUAAGCCCGAUCGGGGCAGCUUACAUCGAUUCCUUGUUCAAUCUAGAACCGGCGGGGAGAGGGAAGCUCGGGGAGGAAGAGCUGGUGACGCUUUGCUCGGAGGUGAUGAACGCCGGGACGGACACGAGUGCCACGUCGGUGGAGUGGGCCCUACUUCACCUGGUAAUGAACCAGGAAAUACAGGAAAAGCUGUACCAGGAGAUCGUGGACCGUGUAGGGAAAGAUGGAAUCGUCACAGAGAAUGACGUGGAGAAGAUGCCGUACCUGGGGGCUAUAGUUCAGGAGACGUUCAGGAGACACCCGCCUAGUCAUUUCAUGUUGUCGCAUGCGGCGACGAAAGAGACGGAGCUGGGUGGGUAUACGGUGCCGGCCGAUGCGAAUGUGGAGUUUUAUACAGCGUGGUUGACAGAGGAUCCGAGUAUUUGGAAGGACCCAGGGGAGUUUAGGCCGGAGAGAUUCCUGGACGGUGGGGAUGGUGUUGACGUGGACGUGACUGGGUCUAGAGAGGUGAGGAUGAUGCCGUUUGGGGUAGGGAGGAGAAUCUGCCCUGCUUGGACGCUUGGGACGCUUCAUAUAUACUUGCUAUUGGCCAGGAUGGUUCGAGCUUUCAAGUGGGUCCCAUGCCCUUGUGCUCCACCUGACCCCACUGAGACCUUUGCCUUCACUGUGGUUAUGAAGAACCCUCUUAGGGCUGUCAUCUUGCCUAGGUAGAAGUAGAACACCCCCGCCCCUUCUCUCUCUAGAUGUUUUGGAUUAAGGAGACAAAGAUCUGGAUUAAAUAUAAAUACAUGGAUGGACAACAUUGGAAACCCAUUUUGGUUUGGAAUUUUUGUCAGUUUGUUAUUGGGGUACUAAUCUAAUAUUUCUUCCUACCAUGGUGAUGUGGCCCUAUAAUGUGUGGUUGUAUCUGACUAUUUUUUGGGUGAAACAUGAAGGAUUUUGGUUGA